ACCCAAAGUGCUUCCUACAAACCCAUCACAUGACCUACUUACUUUAUAACUCGCCAAGCGCUUGUAAACACCACACGAAAAGUUCAUCCGAGUGGCAAACAAAGAUGGCAGGUUCCAAAAGCUCUAGCGAUCCCGAGAUUGAAAUCCAAGUUGAGGAGACUAAGGCCUCUUCCGAAGGGGACAACAUGUUGUACAAAGUUGACGAUACACCGCCAUGGUACCUGUCAAUUCUCCUAGGAUUCCAGCACUACCUAACAGCAUUUGGUUCCACACUCUCUGUUCCAUUAGUCCUGCAGUCGGCCAUGUGUAUUGGUGACGAUCGCGUCGGACUCAGCGAAAUCAUCUCCACCAUAUUCUUUGUGUCGGGAUUAUCCACGCUGCUCCAGACUACCUUUGGGGUCAGGUUACCAAUCAUUCAAGGGGCAACUUUCUCCUUUCUGACACCAACCUUUACUAUAUUGGCGCUGAAGAAAUGGGAGUGUCCUUUCACCUUGGCAGCUAAAGGAGAGUGGAAUGUGACCUCUGACCCUCUACCAGACCCCGGAAGUCCAGAGCAUAAAGAAAUGUGGCAGAUGAGGAUGCGCGAGAUUCAAGGUGCCAUCAUGGUUUCGUCAAUUUUCGAAAUCGUCAUCGGCUUCAGUGGGGUGAUUGGCCUGUUUCUACACUUUAUCGGACCACUGGUCAUCGUCCCCACCAUCUCUCUGAUUGGUCUGUCCUUGUUUAAGGAGGCAGCCGACCUGGCCUCUAAACAGUGGUAUAUCGCCGUCAUGACAGUGGCCCUGAUAGCGAUAUUUUCACAAUAUCUGAAGAAGGUUAAAAUUCCAGUUUGUCGAGUCACACGAAAAAAUGGAUGCUCGAUGUAUAAACUGCCAAUUUUUAAAUUAUUUCCGAUUUUAUUAGCUUUGAUAUCUGCUUGGGCUAUUUGUGGCAUCUUAACUGCAGCUGGUGCAUUUCCGGAACAAGGAAAAUGGGGUUCUGCCGCCCGGACUGAUGCGAAGAUUGACGUGUUAGAAAAGUCGCUUUGGUUCCGAUUCCCUUAUCCCGGUCAGUGGGGCCUGCCAACAGUCAGUGUGUCAGCCGUGUUUGGGAUGCUUGCUGGAGUACUCGCCUCUAUCAUAGAAUCUGUGGGAGAUUACUACGCAUGCGCCAAACUUGCUGGAGCUCCUCCUCCUCCAGUUCAUGCUAUCAAUAGAGGAAUAGGAAUGGAAGGAAUAGGCUGCUUGUUGGCCGGUGCUUGGGGAUCUGGCAAUGGCACGACCUCUUACAGUGAAAACAUUGGUGCAAUAGGAAUCACUAGGGUUGGAAGUCGACGAGUUGUACAGAUGGGAGGUUUGAUCAUGAUGAUCCUGGGAUGUCUGGGUAAAUUCGGAGCUUUGUUCGUCACCAUUCCUGACCCGGUGAUUGGGGGACUGUUUAUGGUCACCUUUGGCAUGGUGGUAGCAGUGGGACUCUCCAAUCUGCAGUUUGUGGACCUCUCUUCAUCAAGGAAUAUAUUCAUCAUCGGAACCUCCAUAUUCUUUGGACUUUCCUUCCCAAAUUGGAUGAAAACCCACCCGGGUUAUAUUGAUACAGGGAGUGAUAUUUUAGACCAGUUGUUGAGCGUUCUACUCGGAACUAGCAUGUUCGUUGGAGGAACAAUUGGUUUUAUCCUUGAUAAUACUAUACCAGGAACUUUAGAGGAACGUGGUAUUUUGAGAUGGCGGCAAAAAGAUGAAUCGUGGACAGCCAGUGGAGAUAAUGUCAACUCUGUAUAUGACUUACCUUGUAUACAGAAAUAUCUCAACAAACUGACAAUCACGCGGUACCUCCCAUUUUGUCCUAAUUUCCAGCCUUGUUGUGGGAAAGGUAGCAAGAAGCAAGAACCUCCGGUAGAACCAACGUCGGUUUACGAAAAGAAAGUUGAUGAUACCAAUAUGUAACUGUAUGUUAUGUGCAACGGCCCAUUUGAAAAUGUCAUGUAUAUAGAACUGACCAACUGCAAAUCUCAAUCAUCCCAAACAGGAGUCAAGAUCGUAAAGACAUUUAAAAUCAAUAUCUUUUUUGUUACUUUACAAUAUUUCAUUGAUAAUUUUAUCGCCAGAAGAUAUAAAUAUUAAUAACUGGAAUUAUAGUAAGAUGCAAUUUAUUUACCAAUGUGUUCAUAUUUAAAGGGGCCAUAUUGAAUUCGUUAUAGUUAUGUAUACGUGCAAAUUAGAUUUGUGAGUCCGCAUUAAUUAUGAACUGGACAUUCAUCUUUUGGGGUUUUUUUUUUGUCUUCGGUAAAAGAAUUUUUUUGAUCUGUUGCAAAAGUACUUAAAGUAGGGAUGCAACAACCUAAAAUUGUUGUUUAAUUUUUGCAGAAUUUACCUUUCCAAGUACAUGUAUAAGGAAUAGAUACAGUGUAAGAAGACUCCUAAAUAAAGAAUGUCCAGGACAUAAAAUAUUUGUCAUAUCGUUAAUAAUAUCGUUAUACAUGUAUCGCUAGCUGAUAUUAAUAAUUGUAUAUAUUUAGAUGUAUCUUUAUUUUUUAGAAUUUUAUUUCCCUGACAACUAUACAGUCUAGCAUUUAAUAUGUUUAAUGAACAGUCUCUGUGUAUAUGUAUUGACUACAAUGUAUACUAGGUGUUCAUCCUUCAUUUUUUUCUCAUGUCUUGUUUUUUAUAUGUAUUUUACUUUAUUAAUGAAGAAACAUGAAUUCUUUUUGUGGAUUGAAGAUAUCAGGGAUUCAUCAAACAAUAAAAAAAAAGUUUUCCAGUGAA